GAUCCCGUUCAGAGUGGAACACGCUGACAGCAUCGGCUCCUCUUUCUGCGUCUGUGUGUGUGCACACCGAUAGUCAGUGUCAGCAGACACUUUCCACCGCAUUGCAAAAACAUAUUUAAUCUCAUUUCCUCGGAGGAGACGCGUUCCAUCGCUGCAGACGCACAGCGCAUGUCCCUCUAAACCCGAGUCCACCUGUGUGUAUGUGUGAGGGGGAGAGAUUUGUUCAUUUCCAGGAACGGGGCUGUGCAAGUCUUCUUCCACACAGGACCGCGAGGAGAAUCCGUCCUAGUCAUCUACGGGAAUAACGGCUUUGGUUUUUCGACGGAGUGAUUAUUAUGCGCGUCCUGUGCGGAUUAUAAGAGACGAACUUAGUCGCACGUUUGGUCCUGAUCCAAAGAGACUGGUCUGCUCGUUCCAGCAGGGAAUACGCGGGUUCGGAAGAAAUUCCCGUCCAAAUUUGAGUACUUGGGGAAAGACAGAAGAAGCACAAAAUGCCACUUGCUCAACUGGCAGAACCAUGGCCCAAAAUGGAGCUGGUGCAGUUGGAGACAGAGAAUGGACAGAGCACCACUGAGGAUGGAGUCACCGCAGAUGUUAAGUUCAAGUCACAGAUCACCUGGGUAGAGAGAGAGUUUGCUGAUGUUAGCGUGAAGGACGAUGGUGACAUCAAGGAGAUCAACAUCACACAUGUGGUUAAGGAGGGGGCAGAGAAAGCAGACCCCUCACAGUUUGAGCUGCUCAAAGUGCUGGGGCAGGGCUCCUUUGGAAAGGUGUUUUUGGUACGGAAGGUAACCCCUCCUGACAGUAACCAACUGUAUGCCAUGAAGGUCCUGAGAAAGGCUACACUCAAAGUGAGGGAUCGUGUGAGGACUAAAAUGGAGAGAGACAUCCUGGCAGACGUCAACCAUCCAUUUGUGGUUAAACUCCAUUAUGCCUUUCAGACAGAGGGUAAACUCUAUCUGAUUCUGGACUUCCUCAGAGGGGGCGAUCUAUUCACCAGGCUGUCAAAAGAGGUGAUGUUCACGGAAGAAGAUGUGAAGUUUUAUCUGGCUGAGCUGGCACUGGGUCUAGAUCAUCUACACGGUCUCGGCAUUAUCUACAGAGAUCUCAAACCUGAGAACAUCCUCCUGGAUGAAGAGGGCCAUAUCAAACUCACAGAUUUUGGACUGUGUAAGGAAGCUAUCGACAAUGAGAAGAAGGCUUACUCCUUCUGCGGGACGGUGGAGUACAUGGCUCCAGAGGUGGUUAACCGGCAGGGACACACCCACAGCGCUGACUGGUGGUCAUUUGGGGUACUGAUGUUUGAAAUGCUUACCGGGUCACUGCCAUUCCAGGGAAAAGACAGAAAAGAAACAAUGAAUCUCAUCCUGAAAGCAAGGCUGGGGAUGCCUCAGUUCCUGAGCACUGAAGCUCAGAGUUUACUGAGAGCUCUGUUCAAGAGGAACCCCACUAACAGACUGGCAUCUGGAUCAGAUGGAGCCGAGGAAGUCAAACGCCAUUUAUUCUUCGUGACAAUUGAUUGGAAUAAACUCUUCAGGCGAGAGAUAAAACCCCCAUUCCAGCCAGCAGUGGCCAGACCUGAUGACACCUUUUACUUUGACUCGGAGUUCACUUCUCGUACCCCUAAAGAUUCCCCAGGCGUUCCUCCCAGCGCAGGGGCUCAUCAGCUCUUCCGGGGCUUCAGCUUUGUUGCCACGGCAAUGCUAGAGGAGGAGGGCAAAGAGGAGCCCUCUCAACCCCCUCCACACCCUGUGGUACAGCAGCUUCACGGUAAGAACAUCUUGUUCAGUGACGGUUACAUGCUGAAAGAGGAUAUUGGCAUGGGCUCUUUCUCUGUCUGCAAACGCUGCAUACACAAAGCAACCAACACAGAGUAUGCAGUUAAGGUGAUUGAUAAAACAAGCACCGACCCAUCCGAAGAGAUUGAGAUCCUGCUCAGAUACGGCCAGCACCCCAACAUCAUCACUCUCAAAGAUGUCUAUGAUAAUGGGAAGCAGGUGUAUCUGGUCACUGAGCUGAUGCGAGGAGGUGAGCUGCUGGACAGAAUCCUUAAGCAGAAGUUUUUCUCUGAGAGAGAGGCUAGUGCUGUGCUGCACACUAUCACAAAGACCGUGGAAUACCUGCACUCUCAAGGGGUUGUGCACAGAGACCUGAAGCCCAGUAAUAUUCUGUAUGUCGAUGAGUCUGGAAAUCCAGAAUCUCUGCGCAUCUGUGAUUUCGGGUUUGCCAAGCAGCUAAGGGCAGACAAUGGUCUCCUCAUGACACCCUGCUAUACUGCCAACUUUGUAGCACCUGAGGUACUGAAGAGACAGGGCUAUGAUGAGGGCUGUGACAUUUGGAGUCUUGGAGUAUUGCUUUACACUAUGCUUGCUGGUUUUACGCCAUUUGCCAACGGACCAGAAGACACUCCAGAAGAUAUUCUGAGUCGGAUAGGGAGUGGCCGCUUUACUCUGACGGGAGGCAACUGGGAUGCGGUGUCUGAUGCUGCCAAAGACUUGGUGUCUAAGAUGCUCCAUGUGGACCCUCACCAGCGGCUCACAGCCAUGCAGGUCCUGAAGCAUCCGUGGAUUGUUCAGAGAGACAAACUUCCCAACAGCCAGCUACAACACCAAGAUGCCAAGCUUGUCAAGGGGGCGAUGGCCGCCACAUACUCAGCGCUGAAGAGUUCCCAACCACCCCCUGAGCUGAAGCCCAUCGAGUCCUCAUUCCUGGCGCAGAGACGGGUGAAAAAGCUCCCUUCCACCUCUCUGUAGAGAACGAGGAGAGGAGAAAUUGAUAUGUACUCCUGACUGAAUGCAGUUGUGGAAAGGAUGGAUGGAUGGAUGAAAGAACCACACUGAAGCUCUACAGACUAAAGACGGUCUCUUGAACCUGCCCAUGACAUCAGCACUGGAGUGAAGCUGUCAAGCGUGCUAGGCAAGGCAGGUGAUUGGCUGAUGAAAUUUGAGGGGCGUGGCCAGUGAGGGUUCUGUACUCCAUAAGGAGUUAGGGGUGUGUUUGUUUGUGUGUGUCUGAGAUUUCAAAACCGGGUAAAGGAUACUGUUAUAAAAAAGAUGAUAUUCCCAGUGCAUUUAUGUCUUGGUACUGUAAUUCUUAAAUAUCAACACUGAGUUUUGGAUUUCCUUUUUUAUUUCUCAGUUUUUGUUUGUUUUGCUUUUCGUUUAUUUUUUAUAUCUGUUGUUUGUUCAACUGAAUUUUCAUGUUGAUCUGCAUAAGAUUUGUCUGUUCUUGGAAGCUGUUCAGCAGUAGUUUUCUCAGUCCGUCUCUUCCUGAAAGUGGCCAUCAGCAGAAAGAGAGAUGUUCCAGUAUAAUAUGUCACCCUAGAUGAAUGAGUAAAGGUUAAAUGUAUCUUCCAUAAUGAUCCGGUGAGCAUGUUCACACGACUAUCAACCUAAACAUUGUGGAGAAUGGAAGUGCUUUCUGCAUGGAUUUGUACAAUGCUGUCUUGUUUCUUUCUUGUUUUCCCCAACUCGGCACUUUUGCUUGGUGAACCUGUCAGCACUGGUGAAGACUGUUCAGAAAAUGUCUCCUUGUGUGUUUAUUAAACAAAGAAAAGAAUGGAAAAGUCUGAACGUGAGAUGACAUCUGAAGCUUGUGGCAUGGAAAAAUGUUGCUCUUGUUAGACCCGUGCUUUUUUUCUGGAUAUUGACUGCUGUCUCUUGUGUUUGAUUUUGUUGUUGAUGUUGUUGCUUAAAGAGAAGUUAUUUUAUAAAGGCACGUUGAGCACAAAAUGUAUAAAUAUGACAGCUGAGAAAACGA